CUCUGUGCUGAUGUCACUUCAACGUCCACCGACAUGUGGCAUUACACGAUCCCUACUCCUCGCCCGAAUGCUGCAGACACGAGCAGUACUCCUCGCUCGAAUGCUGCAGACACGACCAGUACUCCUCGCUCGGAUGCUGCAGAUCACAUCUUCCGAAUGAACACAAUUUUAGCUGUCUUCAUGACAGCAGCCACACUACUGCUCUAUUAUGAACCCGCCUAA